AAUGAUUUUUAUGAACUUAUAAUCAAACUUCCUUAUUCAAUUGGAUCAUGAAAAACGUAUCCAUUUAAUAUACGCAGUUUAUAAAUGACCAUAGAAGUUAUUAGAUAUUGAGUUAAUAAAAUUCAAUUAAAUAAUUAUAUUUAGUGAAAAAAAAACAACUAAUUAUCAUUAAUAUAUCAUUGAAAUAUUUUCUUUGUGUAUCAGUUCAUUACGGAUUAGUAUAAAACAAUAGAAAAUGUGUACUGUUGUAUUGAGGCUAACAUUAUUAUUGAUAAAUUCCUUAGUUGGACUAUCAGCAUUAAUAGUUUCAUCGUUUGGUGCAAUUUUAACUUGGGGCAGAGAUACUAUAACAAGAGAAUUGGAUGAUGUAAUUGGUCCAAUGAUUAAGAAAAUGUAUGGUGAAGAAGUAGCGCAAGAUUUCACAGAUAUGGCAUCUGGUAUCUUACAAUUAACAAGUCCAUUCGGUCUCCUUUUAUUCAUAUUAGGAUUAGUUUCCUUGGGUAUUUGUUUAUUCGGUUUCUGUGGAGCAUGUUGUAAGAGUAUUCUUUGCCUUAGAGUGGUAUGUUUGAAAUUAAUUAUUUGAAAAAAUAAUUCUAUUGUUUGCAAUAUGAAAAUAAUUGAAUUCUGACCGAAAUUCUUUCAAGCAUAAGUCAUCAUUUCAAAUAUGGAUUAUAGAAAACUUUCAGAAUUUAAAAUCUUACAAAACAAUCAAAGCUGGAAUCACAAGUAAUCAGUUUCAUUUAAGUAAACACAAAUGAUGAUCAAUAAAUACCAAAAGACUUUCUUGGUAUCCAGGAGUGUAAGGUCACUUAUAGUGGUACUGUACUGAAGGAGCACACGGGUGGGGACAACCGAAUUAUAUUUAACACAGAAUUACAGAGUUACUUGGUAAAAUAGAAAAACCAUACUAUAAUACUUAACUUGCAAAAUGUUCAAUAAUUGUCUCGAACUUCGUUGUUCUUGCAUUUCUAUUCCCGCUCUUCCUUUCUUGAUCUUCUCUAUCUUCCGCUGCCAGACAUUGCAUUCCUGACUUGCGUCAUAUACUACUUAUAUCAAUAUAAGUAGCACGCACCACAGUACUAGAUUAAGCAAAUGUUAGUUAAAGUCACUUUUAAAGUCAUGAAAUCAACAACAAACGGUUAGAGUGAAAUAAAAACAAGUUGAAAGUAAUCAACUUAACACGGUCAAAUGAAUAAAAAUAAGAGACAGUUAUUCACCUCAGAAAACUGGAUGCCAGCCCAACGGUCUAAAGGCAAGUCGUUUGUAUGCAACAUCGAAGGUCCUGGGUUCGAGCUCCGCGCGCGUGGUCAUGCUGGGUUGAAACAGCCGUCUAGUGCUUCCAGGUUUUCAGUGGUGUUCCAGCUUAGAUUGACUCAUGAAUUGAACUGUUAAAAUAUUACAAUCUCCACAACUUCCCAUACUGAAAAAAAUAAGGUGUGAAUAUGGAAAUGUUGUGAAAAUCUAUUUGUUACUUAUUAGUAUUGUGGUGAGAUUAUACAAAUUUGGAGGAAGUAUAUUUUGGUGAUACAUUUUACUGAGUCUUAGAUAAUCGUAGAGAAAAGAUGACAUACAUUAAUCUAUGUGAAUGUUACUUGAGAUUUAAACUUUCUAAACGAAGUAAUUAAAAUAUGUUUUAACAAAUAAACAUACAAUGUGAAACAUCACCAUUUAUACUUAGUUCAUAUUUAACGAUUGAGACUUGAACUUUCUUUAUUCGACUUUCUUUGAAAACAUUGGUGGCUACUACCACUAGUAAUUGUAGAUUAGGACAAUACAGACAUUCAAUGUUUUACUGUUUUGAAUUAUUCUUUUGCCUAUAGAUCUUAGUGAUGAAAAUUGCACUUAUCUAAAACUGUUAUGAACGAGAAAUUAGAUGAGGAAGAUCAACUUAUCGUUUAAUGCAAAAUUAUAGAGUAUCUUAGUGAAAUCUGGAAAAUCAUACAUUAAAUACUUCAUUAGCAUAUCUUCCAUCAGUUGUCUGUUAAAAACGUCAUCAUUAUUUCAUUCCUGUUCUUAUUACAAGUACUAUCUGUUUACAUUUCUGUUCUCUUCAAUUCGAUCUUCUGAACCUUCUAUUGCCAGGCAUUCGACUUCUAAUUAGUGUUACAUACUACUUAUAUCUGUCAACAUAAGUACCAUACACCACAUAACUAACCAACUGCACAGAUACGAAAUGUGUAACUAAAUACAUCUAAUAUUUCAAAAACUUACAUAAAUUAGACAGUAAGAAGAAAGAAUUAUUUUAAUCAAAGAGGGGCUUUGUGGAGAUUGUAGUAAUAUAACGAAUGAAUUCAUGAGUUAACUGAAGCUAGAUAACCAUGGAAAACCUGGGAGCACUGCACAGCCGUUUCAUCCUAGCAUGGGACUCCUCAGCAGUGCGCACCGGCGAUUCCGUCCCGUUUCGCGUGCGAAUGCAUAAUCUCUAGAUCACUGAGCCGACAUCCAACGGUGUUAAUGUCUAACACCAACCAAUUUACGGAAUUGCGCCACAGUCCACCAUUGUCAUCAGUGAGUUACUACCUUAUAACAGAUCCGAUUGAGCUCCACUGGUCACGGCCUCUCACUAUAUAAUUAUCUACUUCAUUUUAAGCCAAACACUUUUAUCGCUAAAUGUAAUAUUAGUUCAAUAUUUUACUUAUUAUUUAGUGAAUGACAAAUUUGACGAUGAUACUUAUAUUUUUAGUUGUUAAACUUAAAUCCAGUCAUAACAUGCGGUAAGUGAUUAAGUGAAGUAAUUGGAUAUGUUAAUCCACUAAUAUUUCAUUUGACUUGUCAAUUUUUAUCAAUAAACUUCUAUUUAGAAUAAAGUUAUGAGCUACAAUAAUCAUUACAGGUAAAGCUGUAAGUUAGUAUAAAGCCAGAACGAACAUUGAUGCAGAAUAAUAUGAAUUCAUUAUAUUUCGUGGUUAUUUGGUGUUAGAAUUAAAGGAAUAUUGAGGAUGGAUGAUUUAAUAGUUGAGUGAAGUUUAGGGACAUAAGAUAAAUUAUGUGAAAAUUUGAGAGGUAAUGAAGGGCUUACAUACGAUUCAUGGAAUUACUACCCUGGUAAUUCAAUUAUUUUUAGUCAUUAGUUUUAUUUUGUUAUAUUUCUCUUCCAUUACCGAAUCCUCAAACCACCCCUUCACUCAUACAUUUCCACUCACUUGAUUCUCUUAAAUUAUGUGAAGCCUUCAAAUCCUAUUCAAUUAUUACGUAACCCAUCUUACCAGUUUUUUAAUUCUAUUAAUCUUAUGUAAACCCUUCAUUACCUCUCAAAUUUUCACAUAAUUCAUCUUAUGUCCCUAAACUUCACUCAACUAUUACAUCACCCAUCCUUAAUGUUUCCUUGAUUCUAACACCAAAUAACCACGAAAUAUAAUGAAUUGAUAUUAAAUUUUUGAUUGAGAUCAUGUACCAAUUGAUGUUAGACACUAACACCAUUGCAUGCCGGUUCAGUGGUCCAGUAAAUUAGGCGUUGGUGCGCGAGACCGAAGGCCUUGACUUCGAACCUCGCGAGCGGGACCGUGGAUGCGCGCUGCUGAGGUGUCCCACAAUAGGACGGAACGGCCGUUCAGUGGUUCCAAGUUUCCAACGGUGGUCUGACAUCAAUUGGUUCAUGAUCUCAAUCAAAAAGUUAAUAAUCUCCACAACCUUUAUAUUGGGAAUUCAUAUUAUUCUGCAUCAAUGUUUGUUCUGGCUUUAUUUAAAUUCAUAAAGGGAAUUAAUUAUAUUAAACCUUUAAGUGUAUAUUAAGAGAGUGUAUGAAAAAACAUUAAGUACCAUUGUGUUAAAUAGACUCUUUCUUGAAAAAAGAGUAAUACAGUAAAAAAUGGAUUAUCAUUCAGUUAAAGUGUAGUGUUAAGCUAGAAAUCGGAUUCGGAGUUAUUUCAUGUCAUAUAAGAAGUGAACUGACGGUAAAUUUACAAUUUAUAAGAGCCUGUCUAAUGGUAUUUUCAUUGUCUAUGUGUUCGAUUUUCUGAUCUGGAUGAUCUAAUCAUGAAAUUUUCAUCUUCUUUCUGGACAACGUAAUCGGUAGAAUUGAAUUAAUUCAUAUACUAUGAAUUUAAUGUUAAAAAGGAAUGGCUAAAGAUGUUUUCCUUCAGAAAACUCUAUUUCCACGCAUUUUAAGUAUAGUUCAAGCUGUUCAUUAAAUACCCUUCGUUAAUAAGAGCUUUACUAAUUCGAAAAGUUUCUCUUGGAAAAUACAUUGAUAAAUAACAUUUUAAUUACUUUAACUAUUGAACAAAUUAACAAUAACUGCAAAGAUUAUUGGAAACUAAUAAAGUACUGAGUAGCUCUAUCUGACUAGAAACUUCUCAAGUUCAUACAUUACCAUAUACAUGUAAUCCAACUCCGGACUAAAUAACUGUUAUAACUUGUGGUCUGUGUGCCCUGUUAAUGUAAACAUAAUGCUACAGCCAAUUAGAGAGCAGGGGAUUAUAGAUCGGACCAACGACGCAUAAAACCCGUAAGAGCAGUCUAGAGUACUUAUUGGUCCUGUUUCGUGCCUAUCCCAGCCAGUUAAGUCCAGAACACUUAUCUCAGCCUCUGCAAUAUGAAUCACUUAUUUCAAGCAUACUGGGUUUAUAUACCAACCAGAUAGACCACACCGUACCAUAAAAUAUGAAAUAACAUUUGUACAAGAUUUAGCUAAAUGUGGCUGUGAACAAGGGGGGUAGUAAUUGGCAGACAGGUUAGAUGAUGGCUGGAGGUAGUCGACAGGAAACCCUGGACCCCGGUUUAGUGCUGCUUGGCACUUGUCAGCAAGGUGUAUCUCUAAACUUGAGGGAACUGGUGCGCCCUGGCGGGUUCGAUCUCGUGUCACCCAGCUUCACAGUCAGAGACGUUACCACUGAGCUAUCUGAGCCGCGACCGACCUCCUGUAGGACUGAGAUGUAAUCACAAUUGGUUGCGUGUCUAGUCCUUAUUAGUGCAGAUCGAAUGCUAUCGACCAUGUUGCAAUGUGGCCACCAGCGUAGGUGACUCGACAUCGCGUGCACUAUUGUGAGAUUAGAUGGUGGUUGGAGGUAGUCGACAGGGAACCCUGGACCCGGGUUUCAUGUUACUUGACACUUGUCAGCAAGGUGUACUUGUAAUCCUGAAGGAACUGGUUCUCCCAGGGCAUAAUUCAAGAAUGGUAAGUCGCAUAACAAUAGUUCAAAAUAAAUAGGUCGAAAUAAAGCCCAUAAUAUGAGGAACACGAAUAUGAAUAGUUUAGUUAUUUGCCAAUUAUACGAUAAAAAUAUACGUAUAGUAUUGGUACACAAAUGGAUCCCAAAAGUUACCAUUCCUUAUGCUUAUCAGGACAUGAAAAUAACUCAUACAUUUAACAAUGUCAAUGAAUCAUGGUUCAGUAGACAGCAUGUUUUUUCACCUUUCAAUUUAUGUCAGUGCACACUCGUCAAUCAAUGUUAUAAUUAAUCGAUUUUGAUCAUGGUUAAGCCCUUCUAUCAACUAACUUAACCGACAGUGUUAUUCAAAUAGUAACAAAUCGCAUAUUUCUUUGUACUAUUAUGAUCACUAUCUUGUCUGUAUAAACGUGUACGCUUGGUCGCAUGACAGACUCUAGCUAAAAUGUUGAUGGCUUAAAUAUCACUCGAUGUUCAGCCUCUUCCCCAUGUAUAUAUGUACUCGAAUCCUAUUAUUAACCUUUGCCUUGCUUAGCUGUGCCUUAUUCGAUUCGACUAUAAAUUCGCCUCUCUGCUUCAUAUUCGCUUGAUUUGUUUGUAGCUUUGUUAUCCGCUAAUAAACUGUAGUUGCCUCUUCUUAUUGCCUUCUGAUUUUAAACACCAGAUUUAUAUAAUAAUGGUUAUCGUGGUGGUCGAUUAACGAAGCUAAGCCACUACAGACUUCAGAUGUAAUUGACCAUGCAGAUCACAAAUUGUCCCAUUCUUGAAAUAUUCACAAAAGAUUGAUCUUAAAACUUUCAUUAAAAAUAUGCUUAUUCAAAUCCGAAUAUUUUAAUAAAAGAUAAUUAUGUUUUUUAUUUUAUAGUACAUUGGGUUACUUGUGGUACUGGUCAUCAUUGAGACUACUGCAAUGAGUUUUUAUUACACCGAUCGUGAAUCAAUAUUCAAGUUAGCUAGAAAAAUUGCUCAUAACUCACUGAGAAAUUAUCAUUCAAUUGGUUCUAAUAAUACUGAUAGUAUAAUAUAUUCAGUUAUUAUGCCAACUCUAAAUUGUUGUGGAUUAUUGAAUGGAUCUGAUUUUGAUGAUUCACCUAAUUUUCAAAGAAAAGUACUUUUUAAUGAACAAAAUUUCGAUUUGAAAUAUCCUAUUCCAUGUUGUAAAAUGGAUGCUAAAUUUGUCGUUCUUGAUCCAACAUGUCCGGGAGAAUUUAACAUUAAGAAUUCAAAUAUUCAUGAAGGUUGUUGGGUGAAACUACGACAGAUAAUUGGCUUCUAUGGUGGAAUGAUUGUGAUUUGUGGAUUAGUUGUAAUUUUAUUCCAACUUCUAUUGAUUAUCGGAACAACAGUGAUACUAACCACUGGAUAUCCUUAAAAGAGUCAAGGAAGUAUCGAUCAUUACAUUAUUCAAAAUGAAAUAUAAUUUUCAUACAUGUAACGAGAAAAAGAAGAGUGUACUUGUAUAAUUCAACUAUUGACUGUAUUUGUUACUUUCUUAAGAAAAAAAGGGUAAAUAUUUCCGAAAUUUUAGACCAUCAUGAAAAGCAGUAGUUUCAGCUGACUUCUUUAUUGAUUGCCUGAAAAACCCAUUUCAAUUCAAUUUACAGUCUUUAAAUGUUAUUUUAUCUUAAAAGAAGAUGUCUGUCAAGUAAAUGCUUGCCAAAAUAAACAACAUUCCUUGUAAUUAAACAAUUACAAAACACAAUAAUCUCCAGUAUGAUUUGAAAUCAUUUGUAGUACAUCAUUAGAUAACAAUGAAGCACUAAAUAAUUGUUUCUAUUCCGUUUCGUGAAACUUAUAACUGAAAACUGGAAUGACUGUAAAACAAUUAUGUAGAAGAAAUUUCACUGAUUUGAAUCAUGAGUCCAUUGAAGCUAGACCACCAUGGAAAACCUGAAAGCACUGGACGGCCGUUUCGUCCUAGUAUAGGACUCCUCGACAGUGCGCAUCCACGAUCUCGCACCCCGCGAGAUUCGAACACAGAACCUAUCAGUCUAGCGCCAGGCGCUUAAGCAACUAGACCACUGAGCCGGCACUCAACGGCGUUAAUGUCUAACUUCAACCAAUCCACGAAGUUGCGCCACCGUACACCAUUGUCUUCAGUGAGUUCCUAUCUCACAAUUGACCUGGUUGAACUCCACUGGUAACGGAUUUUCACUAGAACUCCAGGAGUAUCUCUUGAAGUCAGUCACUAGUGAAAUUAUUAGUGAAACUAUAAUUUAUGGAUGCCAAAUGACUUUGGAAUGUCCACCUACUUACUAGAGUUAAAAGAGAAUUAUAGACUAAUGUGAGGAAUUAGAACUAGGAUUUACAGUUGAACGUUAGAUUUAGGAAUUAGAGUUAGAGCAUUCAUCACCGAAAUGACAUCAGCUAUAAUGUCAAAAUGAUAUUUGUUCAAAUGAGUGAAUGAAUUACGCGCCAACAUUCAUGACCUGUUAUCUUAAAUCUGAUUGGUUCGUUCAUAUUCAGGUAACAAAAUAGAUCAGAAUAUCAAUAAAUUUUGUUUGUUGAAAUAGAAAAAAGAUUUUAUUUAUUUGAAAAUAUUGUGAUCUGAAUUUAGAGUAAAAAUAAAUAGACUUUUCUUUGUUAAUCAAUCACCUUGAUAACCGUUAUAAUAUAAAUCUCAACGGUGAUUGAAAUCAGAAGGCAAUAAAACGAGGCAACUACAGUUUAUUAGCGGAUAGUACAAUUCACAAAGCUACAAUCAUAUCAAGCGAAUUUGAAGCAGUGAGACAAAUGUGUGUGUGUGUGUGUGAGCAAAUACAGAGUCAAAUUUAUAGCCAAAUCUCAUAAGGGCAUAGCAAGGCAAAGCAAAGACUAAUAAUAGGAUUUCAGUACAUAUAUACAUGGGGAAGAGAUUGAUUCAUCGAUCGUUAUUUAAGCUAGAGAGAUCAAGCGUACACGUUUAUACAGACAAGAUAGUGAUCAAAAUAGUACGAAGAAAUAUGCGUAUUGUUACUGUUCGAAUAACAUUGUCUAUUAAGUAAGUUAACAGAAGGGCUUAAUAAAAUUUUACCAUAAUCGAAAUUGAUUGUAGGAGAGUUGCGAUAACGUGACGAAAACAAAUUAAAGCAAAAAUAUCAACCAAAUAGUAUGGCCGAUUAUCUUACAUAGUAUUUAUAAAUUCUAAAGAUAUUUAGCUACAUUAAUCUAUACUCUCUUCUGUCAUUAAGUUAAUUUCAUAUCAUGAGUCAGUUGAAGGUAGACCACCAUUGAAAACCUGGAAGCACUGAAUGGUCGUUUCGUCCUCUUGUGGGAAUCCUCAGCAGUGCGCAUCCACGACCCAUCUGAUAUUCAUUUCAUAUGUUGACAUCCAUUAGAAAUCUAAUAGGCAGCAGGACGUAUUAAUAAUGGUUUUAUUUUAAAUUUCAAAUUGUUUAAUCGUUUGCUUAUUCAAUGUGAUAAUUAAUUAAGUAGUAUAUGAACUUCAGUCUUUAAGCUUAAUUCGAUACCACUAAAUCAAUAGAUUGAGAAUUAGUUAGUUAAUUACCUAGUAGUGAGAUUUGUUAAGGAUAAUGGUAUACUUCGGAAGUGCGCAUCCACGAUCCCUCCUCGCGAGAUUCGAAUCUAGGAUCUAUCGGUCUCGCGCGUGAACGAAACGACCGUUCAGUGCUUCCAUGUUUUUCAUGAUGGUUUGGCUUCAAUUGACUCAUGAUCUUAACUAUUGAAAUGACUAUAAAAUCCACAAAAGCCCCUUCUGAUACUCAUUAUGAUAUAGUUUAAUUUUGAUUUUUGCUUAGUGAUUCAAUAAUUUAUAACACAUACUUACUCCUGUUACUCCUCGUGAGGGAGCAUAGGCCGCUCACCAGCAUUCUCCAUUCAACCCUGUCCUAGGCAACCCUUUCUAGCUUUUCCCAGUUGUUAUUCAUCCUUUUCAUAUCUGCUUCUAUUUCCCAACGUAAUGUGUUCCAUGGCCAUCAUCUUUUUCACUUUCCUUCAGGAUUCCAAGUUAGGGUUUGCCUCGUGAUGUAGUUUGAUUAUUUGCGUAAUAUAUGUCCUAUACAUUUCCAUCGUCUUUUCUUGAUUUCCUCUUCAGCUGGAAGCUGGUUUGUUCCAGCAUAGUGAUAAGUAAAUGUUAUUGAUUUGGGUGGUGAUG